AUGGGCGAGAACUCUCAAUAUACUCACUCCUGGUCUUACCCGUACGAUCAAAACCAACAGUACUUAGCUCCCCCAGGAACUACACCCGCAACGACGCAAACGGAUUACUCAACUUUUUAUUCCUCACAAGCACCUUCUACUGUACCAUAUUCACAGUAUCCAGCAUACUAUACUUACCCAUCACAACCUCCCGCCCCAGGUGCUUCCACAACCACAUCUCCAGUUGCCGCAUUUCCACCCGGAACAAAUCCAGUUGGGAGUCAGACAAACGCUGCUUUUCAGCCUAGCCCUCCAGGGUUUCCUUCGAAUGGUUCCUGGUAUUCUACAUCGGCCUCUCAGCCAACUCAAAGUUAUUACCCAACCAAUUAUUCUGCCCCUUAUGACCCAAACAAUUAUUAUGAUUCUUCGUCUUAUUCAGCUUAUUCCCAGCCUAAUGCCCACACAGCUACGUACGCGAGUGUUUUAGCCCAACCCACGACUCCACCGACGCCUACACCUGCCUCAAGGCCUCUCGCUAAUUCUGCGACUCUUACCGCACAAUCCAAAUCUUCCGCUUUCACAGGGAUGUCAGCGCAAAACACAAUGGGAGGGGUUUUUUCUGCCAAUGUGAUGAAAAAUGGCUCGGACAAUGUCGUCCAGGCAACUACAUCCGGGUUUGCGAAUCUCAAUGUUGGUACAACACCGGAAACGGCUAGCAGUUCAAAACCCGCGUAUGCUCCCAUAAAAAUAGGGGUUUCUAACAAAAAGACUCCUCAGAAGUUCUCUCUAUCUUUUCGCAAUCAUUCCGUUCAACAGACAGCUUUAGAUGAACAACAACAGAGAUCUCAAAAACCAACAGAGUACAGCACCGGAUCGGUGGCCGGACCCUUUGAAUAUGUUGAACGCAGUUUUGCAGUGGCGCCUAACAAUAUGCAUGCUGUUGAAGAUGAAUUGAGACAAAUUAUUGCCACAAAAGUAGCUAAUAAUGAGCUCUGGAUGACAGAUUGGGUAAAGAUGCCUCUACCUAGUUCAUGCUUUGACAAAGAAUCAAAGCGAAAGAAUCUAAGGAUGCCUGUUGCUUCUGUCGAUCGGAUAUCAAUGGGCAGUGAUAGUGUAGAUGAACAAGACAAAAGAGAAAAACGGCUCAGGAGAUUUCAAGCUGAUGUUAAUCUGCGCAAUCAAUCACCCGCAACGGAAGAAUUCAAUCCGGACCAGAAUACGAUUGUUGGGACUUGCCAAAAUCUAGAAAAAUCAUAUUUACGAUUAACUUCGGCACCGGACCCGUCAACCGUUAGGCCUUUACCCAUUCUCAUGAAGACGCUUGAUUUUUUGAAGAAAAAAUGGGUAGAAGAGCAGAAUUAUGCAUAUAUAUGCGAUCAGUUUAAAUCAUUACGGCAAGACCUGACGGUUCAGCGAAUCCAAACAGAAUUUACCGUAAAGGUGUACGAAACACAUGCUCGCAUUGCAUUGGAAAAGGGUGAUCUCGGUGAGUAUAAUCAGUGCCAGACACAAUUAAAAGAGCUUUAUAAAUUGAGCAUUCCAGGACAUGUCAUGGAGUUUACGGCGUACCGGCUGCUAUACUUCCUGCACACUAAAAAUCGAUCAGAUAUAAUAUCAUUGAUUGCUGGAUUAACACCAGCAAUGAAAGAGGAUUUGUCGAUCAAGCACGCAUUGGAAGUUAGGUCGGCGCUUGCAACGUCAAAUUAUCAUAAAUUUUUUCGCCUCUAUUUGGAAGCACCAUAUAUGGGCGGAUAUUUGAUCGAUGCAUUCGUUGAGCGAGAGAGACUCGAAGCUUUGAGGGCAUUAAGCAAAGCAGAAAAUAUUUAUUAUGGUAGUCAACACGAAUCCAACCGCCUUGAUGUAUACAAGCCAGAUGAAGCCAUGCAACACAGUACUGCUGGUGAAAGAAAACAUUUUCCGGUGGUUGUUUUCGUGCACGGUGGUGCUUGGAGCUCAGGAAACAAAUUACUCUAUAGCCUUUUGGCACUUCGACUUCGGUCUAUGGGUUACGUUGUCGUUGUACCUAAUUACACAUUAUAUCCUCAGGGCAAAGUUGAAGACAUGAUUUCAGAUUUAAAGCGGGUUCUGGUCUGGACAAAUGAAUACAUACAAAACUAUCAUGGCGAUCCUAAAGAUAUCUACAUGAUGGGACAUUCAAGUGGUGCUCAUCUGGUUGCAUUGGUUACUGUUUUGGAUGCUUUAUGCCCAUUGGUCAGUAAUAAAUGGAAGAAACCCCUUAAGCCAAAACCUAUAGAUUCUGCCUUGAAUAUGCCAAAAGUUGCUGGAUUGAUCUUGAUGUCUGGUAUAUUUGAUAUAAAGCGACAUUACUAUUGGGAGAGCAAGCGCGGUGUUGAAAAGAUUUCUGCAAUGGGUCGUGCUAUGGGUAACACACAUGAGACAUUUGAAAUCAACUCUCCAACUACACUUCUUAAGACAGCUUUGUCUGGGAAUUGUGUCAAUACUGAAAAUUUAAAAAAGGCAUUACCAAAAAAGAUUUUACUGAUUCAUGGUGACAAGGAUUAUACUGUGCCUGUUGAAUCAACCUUGCAGUUUCAACAAGUUCUCUUGAAUCUCAAAAUUGAGGACAUUAGACUAUGUCAGUACCCAGGAAUGAAUCAUGAAGAUCCGGUUACAGGAUUGAUGAUCAGUCCCAUAACUAACAAGUAUACAACUCAAUUGACACAAGACAUUGCCAGUUUUAUUUCCUCUGUGUGA